UUUGUAACCAGUAACACGAGAACUUUUUUUGGGGACAUACUGUUCGGGAUUUGGGACAUACAGUAUAUGCAACAUCAACUUCAGUCGUCUGGAUGGAACGAAGAGAUGAAUAUUAAGUCGGUGUUGUGAAGGACUUGUUCAGAUGGCCGGCCCCAUAGACUGACAGGCAGACAGACGGGACAGCAGAGAUGAUGGAAGGUGCUUGGGACGUCGCUUUCGUGCUUCUCCAUGUGUGGAUGUCCAUAGUAGCGGGUCUCAUCGUGUUACCUGCUAUGUUCGGUGUGUCCCUGGGCUUCACAGACAUCUACAUCAAGCUGCUGGUUAAGACACUUGAGUGGGCCACUCUCAGGAUCCAAAGAGGACAGAAAGAACAGCCAACACUGCCAUUACAGCUAGCUAACGGGAUCAUCGAGAAAGAUGACGGAUCUAUGGAAGAGGAAAUUGUAGAGCUGCGUCGCUCUCAUCCUAAAAAUCUGGCAGAGGGAAACUUUACGCUGUGUGACGCCUUCUAUUUCUGUAAGAAAGGCAUUGAGAACAUUGUGGAGGAUCAGGUGACUCAGCGCUUCUCUUCUGAGGAACUGGCCUCCUGGAAUCUCCUCACACGAACCAAUAACAACUUUCGAUACAUCAGCGUGCGCCUCACCAUCAUAUGGGGCCUGGGAGUUUUUGUACGUUACUGUGUCUUAUUGCCUCUCAGGAUCACUUUAGCAGUCAUUGGAUUGAGCUGGUUGGUGAUUGGAACUACUCUAGUUGGAUUUCUUCCAAACAGCAAGGUGAAGAACUGGCUCAGUGAUUUAGUUCAUAUUACAUGCUACAGAAUAUGUGCCAGAGGCCUGUCUGCUACUAUCCGUUAUCAUAAUAAAGAGAACCGUCCGAAAAAAGGAGGCAUCUGUGUUGCCAACCACACUUCCCCGAUUGACAUUGUCAUCUUGGCGAAUGAUGGAUGUUACGCUAUGGUAGGUCAAGUUCAUGGAGGCCUCAUGGGGGUCAUCCAGAGGUCAAUGGUGCGCUCCUGUCCCCAUGUAUGGUUUGAGAGGUCUGAGAUGAAAGAUCGCCAUGCCGUUGCCAAAAGGUUGAAAGACCAUAUUUCAGAUAAAACUAAGCUGCCAAUCUUGAUCUUCCCUGAGGGAACUUGCAUUAAUAAUACAUCAGUCAUGAUGUUCAAAAAGGGAAGCUUUGAAUUUGGUGGAACUAUAUACCCAGUAGCAAUCAAGUAUGACCCUCGCUUUGGAGAUGCCUUCUGGAACAGUGCCAAAUACAACAUGGUGAGCUACAUCCUCAGAAUGAUGACAAGCUGGGCCAUUGUGUGCAACGUGUGGUACCUGCCACCUAUGACUCAACAGGAUGGAGAGGAUGCUGUUCAUUUUGCUAACAGAGUGAAGUCAGCCAUAGCACAUCAAGGAGGACUGGUGGAUUUGUCCUGGGAUGGAGGACUGAAGAGGUCAAAGGUGAAAGAAUCAUUCAAGGAGGAGCAGCAGAAGAUGUACAGCAGUAUGAUUGUAGGUUUGGACUCUCACGAAGCCACUGUUGGACCCGCGUAAAUCGUAAAAACUAUUUAUAAACUUGAUCGGAAUGGGAGAAACACUUCUAGAUCAGCCACCGAACACCAUGACUGGCACAAUAUGAUGUUCUGCUUUUUGAUUCAGUGAUAUAUAUUUUU